AUGACGGAAGUAUCGUCACAACUUCAGAAUCUAGACUUAAAUUCGAAAGAUUCUCACAAGAUUUCUUUCAAUUUCACAGUUUUAAAGGAACAGUUAUCAGCCGAAGCAAUAGUCUUAACUGAUUGCAUAUACUUGUGGGCCGGUAAACGCAGGAUAUGUGACAUUCUGUUCUUUGCCAGAGGUGAUCACAGUCUUCACAUAUCAGGGGAUCCAACGCCCAAUCAUCUGAUUUGGCUACAACAACUCACUCUCAAGCUGGCCAAGUUAUUCAAGGAUAAACAGGUAUGGUUUUAUGAAGUUUAACUGUUUUUAGGUAACAUUUAUGUGUGUUGAAUUAAGUUAGUGUUACAUUGGAUUUAAAAUAAGUUAUUUCAUGUUUUAGUAUUAAAGAAAUAUGUUUUUGGUUAAUAUUGGGUACUUCAAAUAAUUCUGUACCUCUUAAAAGCAAAUUUUUGGGGUCCAGGGCACAGAAUUAUCUGAACAAUUUAAGAAUAUUUAAAAAACUUCUAACAUAAAAGGUUUAGGUAUACUUUUCGACAGACCUCGGCACAGACAACUUUGAAGCUCAAGAUCCGACUUAUUGGAAUGUGUUCUUCGAUUCCCUGAAGACUCAAAUUGAUCUCAAAAAACCAUUUUUCAAGCUAAAUUAA